GUAUAAAUGUCAUCAUCAACUUGCCCGUAGUCCGAUACCUGAAUUGUUUGAAAAAAUACAAAUAAAAAUUAGUGGUGGUGAAUAUUUUCAUGAAUUAUGGAAUGAAAAAUUAUGAUCUAAAGAUUGGCAAAAUCGAUCAAAUCCAUAUGAAAGCAUGGAAAAUAUGGAAACGAUUGAAACCAUUUUAUCAUUUACUAAUGGAUUAUAUUGGUUAUGUAUUGAGAGAAAAAUUCCACAAACAUGAUGAUGAUGAUGAUGGAAAAAUACCGGCACAUUGGUUACGAUCAUUGAAUGGUGGCCAAAUGGAUUCAAUUAUCGAUUUGAUUAAACCAUAUCCUGAUCAAUUUGUAAUGAUAAAUCAUACUAAUCGAAUGAUGGAUGAUGUAGUUAAAAUUGUUGCUGAUUUUUAUGUUCAACAUGGUGGUUUUAAUCGAUUACCGGAUGGAUUUUGGCAAAAUUCAAAUCUAAUUACACAUGAUAAUGGUAGUUGUCAUCCACGUACGAUGAACAUGUACAAUGGCAAUGAUGAUGAUGAUGUACGAAUGAGUAUAUGUUUACAAGAUGGUGAUUUUCAUUACAAUUUUCGUCGAAUCAUUCAUGAACUUGGUCAUGUUUAUUAUUUUCUUGAAACAAAUCAUGCUGGCCAUCGAAAUCUUUAUCGUAUGACAUCAAAUUCAGCUGCACAUGAAAGUAUUGGUGAACUAAUACGAAUGGCUUGGAAUGGCUGUCAGCUUCAAAACAAACAACAUGUUCACCAAUCACAUAUCAUCAAUACUUUGAUGGAAGAAGCAUUAAGCACAUUUGUUACAAUACCAUUUGGAAUGAUCAUUGAAGAAUGGCGUAAUCAAACAUUCACAGCCAAAAAUUUGGAUUUGGCUGAUGUAAAUCAAUUUUAUUGGAUAUUACGUGAACAAAUUCAGAAUAUACGACAACCACCACCUCGACCAGCAAUGUUGAAUAAUCAACGAAUAUUAGAUCCAUUAUUCAAAUAUCAUGUAGCCAAUUUUCAACCAUAUUGGCGUUAUGUAUUUGGUGUAAUGUUACAACAUCAAUUUCAUCAAAAAAUCUGUAGUCAUCAUCAUCAUCAUCACAAUGGAUGGUCAUCAUUAGUUGAAUGUUGUCCACAGCCAAAUGAUUUUGAUACAUUACGGAAAUUAUUACGAAUCGAUUUAAUGCAACAAGAAUUUAAUGAUGACAAUGAUUUGGCCAUUGUAAAACAAAUGUUUGAUUCGAAUCAUUUGGAAUAUCGAAUCGAACCAUUGUUAAAUUAUUAUCAACCAUUAAUUGAUUGGCUACAUGAAUGGAAACAGAAUGAAUGA